CAGAGCCGAGGCGACGCUGUCAGACGCCACAUUGACCAUCCUUGGAAUAAUUACAAAUUGCCGCUUUAGUAUUUAUUCAUUUUUUCCCCCCAUCCGCACAUCGAGAUCUCGUCAUUUCUGCGCACAGAUGCUGGGCCGAGAACUUUCCGCAAGGGCUUUUAUUCUGCCGUUCCCGGAUCCCGAACCUCCAUCGGCGUCCGCUCAUUUGUAUGUGAACCGAGUUGAAGGUGGAUUAUCAUGCCUGCAAAUGCUGACUGUCUGGAUCGAGAUUUAGGAGCUGCGCGACCAGCCGGAGGAGGAACGCUCUGCUUUUGACGCGUUUCGUGCCUGUACGAGGAGAUUUUUUUUUUUUCCGUGUGUGGAGUCGACCAGCUUCCACUUGAAGCGUCUCAUUUGGUUUGUCGAUCCCCCGCUUCCCCUUGCCCCCUCCCUCGCACUCUCUUUUCCCCAGGUGUGAAAUCUAUAUACCCCGUUGAAAGAGACUGAGUCGUUCGGUGCCUGCAAGACAUGGUCCAAUCCGGCUGCGAGAUCCGAGCCUCCUCCUCCAUGCAUUGGGAUUUUUCUCAGCACCGUUACCGAGUGAAUCGCCCUUUUCUGACCAUCUGAGAACUAUUACGAGUGUGUCGCGCCCGAGAGCAAGCUUUGUCAUGGACACCGCUUCGAGCCGGGACGGGGCCACGGGACCCGCCAAGGGACCGGACUGCGCCCGCCAGAGAGGCGACCGGAUUGGGAUUUUCGCUGUCAUGAGAGGGGGAGCGCGUCGGUGGAGCCGGGUGAUGCUUGUGCUCUACGUGGGGCUUGUGAGCGCGUCGGUGAAGGCUCAGAACUGUAGCUACACGCUGCACAGUCCCAAUGGGACGAUAGAGAGCCCUGGCUACCCUCACGGCUAUCCCAACUACGCCAACUGCACGUGGGUGAUUGUGGCAGCCGAGCACAACCGGAUACAGCUGGUCUUUCAAGGCUUUGCCCUGGAAGAAGACUUUGACAUCUUGUCCAUUUAUGAUGGGCCGUCCAGUCCCGGGAACCUGCGGACAAGGUUAACCGGGUUCCAGCUGCCAUCGCCCAUCGUAAGCACAGGCUCCAGGCUCACAUUGUGGCUGCUAUCCGACUACGCGGUGAGCGGCCAGGGAUUUAAAGCAUCCUAUGAAGCUUUGCCCAGCUACACUUGCGGUAAUCCUGGGCUGCUUCUCAACGGUCACCAGCAAGGGACCACGUUCAACAUCGGAGACAAAAUCCGCUACAGCUGCAACCCGGGUCAUGUGUUGGAGGGCCACACAACCUUGUCUUGUCUUGCCACUUCAGCGGGGACCGCCGCAUGGGAUUUCCCCCUGCCCUACUGCAGAGCGGACGACGGGUGUGGCGGGACACUUCGAGGCCAGAGCGGAGUCAUCACCACUCCCAAUUACCCUGCUGAGUACAACAAUAAUGCUGACUGCACGUGGACCGUCCUGGCCGAGCCAGGAGACACCAUCGCCCUGGUCUUCUCCGACUUUCAUCUGGAGGAUGACUACGACGUGCUGGAGGUCAGCGGCACCGAGGGCUCGUCGCAGUGGUUCACCGGCCCCAACCUUCCCUCCCCCAUUAUCAGCAGCAAGAACUGGCUUCGUCUGCACUUUACAUCCGACGGCAACCACAAGCUGAAAGGUUUCAGUGCUCACUACCAAGUAAAGAAGAUGACUGAGCUGAAAUCUCGAGGUGUAAAGAUGUUGCCGAGCAAAGACAACUACCACAAGAUAUCCGUGUUGUCUCAAAUGGGUGUAGCGCAAGGACACAACAUGUGUCCGGACCCUGGCAUCCCAGAUCGGGGCAAAAGAAAAGGCUCAGACUUUCGGCGAGGAGCCACAGUGCAUUUCUCCUGCGACGAGGGUUAUGAGCUGCAAGGCUCCAAGAGCAUCAGCUGUCUGCGAGUGACUGACAGCUACGUGGGCUGGAGUGACGAGAGGCCCAUCUGCAGAGCUCCGAUGUGCGGAGGUCAAUUACGAGGACCCAGUGGUGUCAUGACGUCUCCAAACUACCCGGUCCAAUACGACAACAAUGCUAACUGCACUUGGGUCAUCACUGCGACAGACACAUCUAAGGUGAUCAAGCUGACGUUUGAGGAUUUUGACCUGGAGCGCGGCUAUGACACGCUGACAGUGGGGGAUGGCGACAUGGUGGGGGACCAGAAGACCAUCUUUCAUGUCCUGUCAGGUACCAGCACUCCGGACCUCGUGGUCAGUACCAGUCACCAGAUGUGGCUCAAUUUCAAAACAGAUGAUACCAGUGGCUCUCUGGGCUUCAAGGUGUCUUACGAAGAAAUUGACCAAGGGAGCUGCGGUGACCCCGGCAUCCCCGCUUACGGUAAACGAGAGGGGGCAGGUUUCCGUCAUGGGGACAGGCUGUACUUUGAGUGUUUGCCCGCUUUUGAGCUGGUGGGAAAGAAGAACAUCACCUGCCAGAAAAACAACCAGUGGUCGGCCAAGAAACCCAGCUGCGUUUUUUCCUGUUUCUUCAACUUCACCACACCCUCCGGGGUGCUGUUGUCCCCAAACUACCCGCAAGAAUACGGCAACAACAUGCACUGCGUUUGGCUGAUCAUCACCAACCCAGAAAGCCGAAUCAAUUUGGCUUUCAACGACCUGAGCAUGGAGAAACAAUUUGACUUCCUCUCGAUUAAGGAUGGGGGAAAGGCUGAGUCUCCUAUUCUGGGCACCUUCUCCGGAGACGUUCUCCCGCCUCCCAUAACAACGAGCGCCCACGUCGCCCGCUUGGAGUUCUUGACUGACCACACGUACACAAACCGAGGUUUUAACAUCACUUUUACGACGUUUCGCCACAAUGAGUGCCCCGACCCAGGAGUCCCGGUUAAUGGGAAGCGAUUUGGUGAAAGCCUUCAGCUCGGAAGUUCCAUCUCAUUCCUUUGUGAGGAGGGAUUUGUGAAGACCCAUGGCUCGCAAACCAUCUCCUGCAUCCUCAAGGAUGGCAACGUGGUGUGGGACAAUGCUGUUCCGCGAUGCGAAGCCCCCUGUGGAGGAGAGCUGAAGGCUCCCAGUGGGAUCAUCCUCUCUCCUGGCUGGCCAGAACUUUAUAAGGAGGCUCUUAUCUGUGAAUGGAUCAUUGAAGCUCCUCCAGGCUACCCCAUCAAGAUCAUCUUCGACAAGUUCCGCACUGAGGUCAACUACGAUGUCCUGGAGGUCCGGGAUGGCCGUUUUCCCUCUUCACCACUGAUCGGAAGUUACCAGGGCACUCAAGUUCCUCAGUUCCUCAUCAGUACCUCCAGCUUUUUGUAUCUCCUCUUCUCCACGGACAAGAGCCACUCUGACAUCGGCUUCCGGAUACGCUACGAAACUUUGAAGCUGCAGUCAGAUCACUGCGUGGACCCGGGCAUCCCCGUCAACGGACUGCGCCACGGAAACGACUUCUAUGUGGGCGCUCUGGUGACAUUUAGCUGUGACGCGGGGUACACGCUCAGUGAUCCGGAGCCUCUGGAGUGUGAACCCAAUUUUCAGUGGAGCCGCCCACUGCCGAGCUGCGACGCCCUGUGCGGGGGUUACAUCCAGGGCAACUAUGGCACCAUCCUGUCUCCCGGCUUCCCAGACUUUUACCCUCACAACCUCAACUGCACUUGGAUCAUCGAGACCUCCCACGGCAAAGGUGUGCAGUUUAACUUCCACACUUUCCAUCUGGAGAGCCCCCACGACCACUUGUUGGUGACGGAGAACGGCAGCUUCUCGCAGCCCCUGUGGAGAUUGACGGGCUCCACGUUGCCUCCACAUCUGAGCGCCGGGCUCUUUGGAAACUACACGGCUCAGAUUCGCUUCCUCUCGGACUUCUCCGUUUCGUACGAGGGCUUCAACAUCACGUUCUCCGAAUAUGAUCUGGAACCAUGCGAAGAUCCGGGAAUCCCGCCCUACAGUACCAGAAAGGGCCUCCAGUACGGCGUGGGAGAUGCCCUCAUCUUUUCCUGCUUCCCCGGUUACAGACUCGAGGGUCCUGCGAGAGUGGUGUGCUUAGGGGGUCGGAGGCGGGUCUGGAGCUCCCCUCUGCCAAGGUGUGUUGCCGAAUGUGGCUCCUCCGUGACUGGCAUGCAAGGGGUGCUUCUCUCCCCCAAUUACCCCGGUUACUACGACAACAACCACGAGUGCAUCUACUCCAUCCAGACGCAGCCGGGCAAAGGCAUCCAACUGCGAGCGCGAGACUUCCGUCUGGAGGAAGACGACAAACUCAAAGUGUUUGAUGGCAGCAGUAAUUCGGCUCGUCUGCUCGGAGUGUUCACAGGCAACGAAAUGCUGGACACAACCCUGAACUCCACCUCGAGCUCCAUGUGGCUGGAGUUUAUCACCAACGCAGACAAUACCAGUAAAGGCUUUGAGCUCCACUUCAACAGCUUCGAGCUGGUGAAAUGUGAAGAUCCCGGCUUCCCCCAAUACGGCUACAAGCGAGAAGACAAGGGUCAUUUUGCAGGGAGCACCGUGUCAUAUAGCUGUGACCCCGGCUACACCCUGAAAGGCCCUGAGGUGCUCACUUGCCUGAGGGGGGAGAGGAGGGCCUGGGACAGCCCUCUGCCACUUUGUGCUGCGGAAUGCGGGGGCACCAUCAAGGAUGAGCCCACAGGUCGCAUCCUGUCUCCAGGGUACCCAGCCCCGUAUGAACACAACCUGCACUGUGUCUGGACUAUCGAGGCCGCGCCAGGAAGCACAAUUAGUUUGCAUUUCCUGGUUUUCCACACCGAGGAGAUCCAUGACGUGCUUCGCAUCUGGGAUGGGCCCCAGGAUGGGGGGGUGCCGCUGAGGGAGUUGAGCGGCUCGGCGUUGCCGCCGGACGCUCACAGCACCUUCAACACCAUCAGUCUGCAAUUCACCACGGACUUCUUCACGAGCAAGCAAGGCUUUGCCGUGCAGUUCUCCGUCUCCACGGCCACCUCAUGCAAUGACCCGGGCAUGCCGACUAAUGGGACCCGCAGCGGUGACAGCAGGGAGCCUGGGGACCGUGUGGUAUUCCAGUGUGACCCCGGCUACAUCCUGCAGGGUGCCAACAAAAUCACCUGCACGGAAAUCAGUGGUCGCUACUUCUGGCAGCCGGACCCUCCGACUUGCACAGCUCCAUGUGGAGGAAAUCUGAGCGGUCCAAGCGGGCUCAUCCUUUCUCCGGAUUAUCCGGAACCGUACCCUCAUGGGAGAGAGUGCGACUGGACUGUUACUGUCACGGAGGACUAUGUCAUCGCCCUCAGCUUCAACCAAUUCAGCUUGGAGCCCAGUUAUGACUUCUUACAUAUCUAUGAUGGGCCAGACUCCCUGAGCCCUUUGCUGGGAAGCUUUUAUGGAACGGAUGUUCCCGAUCGGAUCGAGAGCAGCUCCAACACACUCUUCCUGGCCUUCCGCAGCGAUGCCUCCCUCAGCAGCAAUGGAUUUGUGCUUCAGUACACAGAGAACCCGAGGGAGUCGUGCUUCGAGCCGGGUCUGGUGCGCAACGGGUCGCGGGCGGGAACCGAACUGAAGCUGGGCUCCGUCGUCAGCUACCACUGCGACAGUGGCUACACGCUGGAGGGAGAACAAACCCUCACUUGCAUCAUGGGAGCAGAUGGCAAGCCAAGCUGGAACAAAGCCAAACCCAUCUGCACUGCACUCUGUGGCGGGCAGUACUCUGGUUUGGAAGGCGUGGUCCUGUCUCCUGGUUACCCUGGCAACUACAGCAGCGCCAGGAUCUGUCUUUACUCUGUGGUUGUUCCCCAAGAUUAUGUGGUCUUCAGCCAAUUUGCAUUCUUCCAGACAGCUCUGAAUGAUGUCGUGGAGGUUUUUGAUGGGCCGACACAGACCUCCCGUGUUCUUAGCUCUUUGUCUGGAGCGCACACAGGCGAGUCAUUGCCAUUGGCGACGACCAACCAAAUCGUGAUACGCUUCACCUCGAAAGGCCAAUCCAGCUCGAGGGGAUUCCAUCUGGUCUACCAGGCUGUGCCACGGACCAGCGCAACCCAGUGCAGCUCUGUCCCCGAGCCCCGCAACGGCCGACGAAUGGGCAACAAUUUCGCCGUUGGCGCCGUCAUUCGCUUUGAGUGCAGCCCAGGUUAUGUGCUCGAGGGAUCGGCCGCCAUCGAAUGUUUGACAGUGCCCAACGCGCUGGCGCAGUGGAACAGCUCCAUCCCCAGCUGCAUAGGUCCAUGUGGAGCUAAUCUCACCCAUCGUACCGGGACCAUUUUAUCACCUGGGUUUCCGGAGCCUUACCUCAACAGCCUCAACUGUGUCUGGAAGAUUACGGUUCCAGAGGGGUCAGGAAUCCAGAUCCAGGUCAUCAGCUUUGUCACAGAACAGAACUGGGACUCGCUGGAGGUGUUUGACGGAGGCGACAACACUGACACCUUGCUUGGGAGUUUCUCAGGCACCACCGUCCCGGCUCUCCUCAACAGCACUUCCAACCAACUCUACCUCCACUUUUUCUCCGAUAUCAGCGUGUCUGCUGCCGGAUUCAGGCUGGAAUACAAAACUGUGUCACUGACCAGCUGUCCAGAGCCAGUCAUUCCAAUGAAUGCCGUUAAGAUCGGGGAGCGCCUUCAGAUGAAUAAUGUGGUGUCUUUUCAGUGCGAACCUGGAUACACGCUCCAGGGGAAUUCACAUAUCACUUGUAUGCCUGGAACUGUCCGAAGAUGGAACUACCCUCCGCCUCUAUGCAUCGCCCAAUGUGGAGGAAUUCACGAGGAGAUGGAGGGCAUGAUACUCAGCCCCGGUUUCCCUGGCAACUAUCCUAGCAACAGUGACUGCACAUGGAGAAUCUACCUGCCUGUUGGUUACGGAGCCCACCUCCAGUUUCUCAAUUUCUCCACUGAAGCCAACCACGAUUUCCUGGAAAUACGCAACGGACCCCUGGACACGAGCGUUGUCAUUGGGCGAUUCAGCGGGCAGGAUAUUCCUUCCUCGCUGCUGACCACCUCUCACGAGACGACCGUCUAUUUCCAUAGCGACCAUUCGCAGAACAAACCAGGGUUCAGGUUCGAGUACCACGCUUAUGAACUCCAAGAGUGCCCGGAUCCAGAGCCUUUCCGCUAUGGGGUGGUGGUGGGUGCCGGCUACAACGUGGGCCAGUCCAUAUCUUUCGAGUGUCUGCCUGGAUACCAGCUGGUGGGACAUUCCAUCCUCACUUGCGAACACGGCACAACCCGCAAUUGGGAUCAUCCUUUCCCCCGCUGCGAAGUGCCGUGUGGUGGAAACAUCACUUCGGACAACGGGACCAUCUUCUCUCCACGCUACCCAGAAGAAUACCUCAACUCAGCUGACUGCUCCUGGUUGAUCACUGUGGCUCCUGGCUUUGGAAUCAAGCUCAACUUUACCUUACUUCACGUUCACGGCCCACACGACUUCAUCACUGUUUGGGAUGGCCCGCAAGAAACAGCAAGGAAACUGGGUGUGUUCACUGAUGGAGAGCCCAACGAUCCUCCUCGGAGCACAUCAAAUCAGGUCCUGAUCCGUUUUCGGAGUAACACGGAGAAAGGCGGAUUGUUUCACAUCGACUAUCAAGCUUACAGGCUGCAGUUCUGUCUCCCUCCCACCAUCGUUCCCAAUGCAGAGAUCCUGAUGGCAAGCAAAGAGUUUAAAAUAGGUGACAUUGUGCGCUACAGGUGCAUCCCAGGCUACCAGCUAAGCGGCAAUGACAUUCUCACUUGUCGCUUAAGGGCACACUUAGAGUUUGAGGGGCCUCCGCCAUCAUGUGAUGUGACCUGUCCCAUGAAUGAGGUCUUGACAGCGUCCACGGGAGUCAUCAUGAGCCAGUCGCCAGGCAGCGGCUUCCCGCAUUUCGAGUCGUGCUCCUGGGUCGUCAAAGUGGAGCCCGGGUACAACGUCACGUUUACCGUCGAGCAUUUCCAGACCAGCCGUCAGUUUGAUGAACUUGAAAUCUUUGACGGUCCUUCAAGGCAGAGUCCUCUUCUGAUCACACUUAGUGGGAACUACUCUAGCCCGCUCAGCAUCACCAGCUCCAGUAACAAAGUCUACCUGCACUGGUCCUUCGACCACACGACCAGCCACAAAGGGUUCCGCAUACGCUACUCAGCGGCCUACUGCAGCCCGCCCAACUACCCUGUAAAUGGCACCGUGCACAGUCUGACAGGCACCAAGUUGGGAAGCACUCUUCGUUUCAGCUGCGACCAAGGCUUCCGCCUCAUUGGCCAGAGCAGCGCCACCUGCACCCGCACCGCCCAGGGGAUCUAUCAGUGGAAUGCACCCGUACCACUCUGCCAAGUUACAUCCUGUGGAAUGCCAUUGCUUCCUGUCAACGGUAGCAUUGUGGGUCAGGACUUCUCUUUAGGAGCCAGGGCUACUUACCGGUGCAAUCCUGGAUUCCGACUUGCAGGGCCUGUCACCACCACAAUGGUCUGUCAGGACUCCGGAAGGUGGAGUCCCAUCGAGGCCCCUCCCAGAUGUGUCCCGGUGAGCUGCCCUGAUAUCGGCCACACUGCGGUAGAGCAUGGGCGAUGGAGAUUAAUCUAUGGAACCCAGAACCAAUACGAUGCUAUAAUGAUGCUCAUAUGUGACCCGGGGUAUUACUACAGGGGUCAAAGGGUCAUUCAGUGUCAAGCCAAUAGCACUUGGAACUACCCGGAUCCGCGGCCCGUCUGCGAUAUUAUUUCCUGCGGCGACCUUGGCACCCCACCGAAUGGUAACAAGAUAGGAACGCUGACGGUGCACGGAGCCACUGCAAUUUUUUCCUGCAAUACAGGUUACACUUUAGUCGGCUCCCGUGUUCGAGAGUGCAUGUCUAACGGACUUUGGAGCGGAACACAAGUCCAGUGUCUGGCUGGCCACUGUGGCAGCCCUGAGCCUAUUGUGAAUGGCCAAAUCAACGGGGAGAAUUACAAUUACAGAGGUAGUGUUGUGUACCAGUGCAACCCGGGAUUUCGUCUCAUCGGCGUGUCUGUGCGGAUCUGUGAACAGGAUCAUCGUUGGUCAGGACAGACCCCGGUCUGUGUUCCUAUCACAUGUGGGCAUCCCGGUAACCCCACCUUUGGUACGACACAGGGAACCCAGUUUAGCUUGAACGACGCCGUCCGCUUUGUCUGCAAUACCGGAUAUGUUCUUCAGGGAGCGGUUAAGUCAUCCUGCCAGGCCAACGGGCAAUGGAGUAAUCCUCUUCCGUGGUGCAAAAGUGAGUCAAUUCUUUCAUUCUUUAUCUUUCUCCUCUUACCACUUUUUUGUGCAGAUCUAGAAUUUGAAAUGAGUGACACUUUGCAGAGUGAUAUGGACACAACCGUCAUCGGCAACACAACGCGCAUGUGCCAGCUGGAUGCGCAAUGGAGCGGCUCACCACCACAUUGCUCUGGUGAAUCGGCAGGGCUUUGUGGGGAUCCGGGUGUUCCUGUGCAUGGCAUCCGCUUGGGGGAUGAAUUCACUGCGGGCAGCACGGUGCGCUUCAGCUGUGAGCCGGGUUACACGCUGAAAGGUUCUCCAGAACGUACUUGCCUGACUAACGGCACUUGGCUGGGAACCCAACCUGAGUGCCAUGUCAUAUCCUGUGGAAACCCUGGAACCCCACGAAACGCCCAGAUCCUGAUCCACGACGGCCUGACCUUUUCCAGAUCAAUCACUUACGCCUGCAGGGACGGCUUCUACUCGACUGGCUUGCUCACCCGACAUUGUACCAUCAAUGGCACCUGGACCGGCAACAUGCCCGAGUGCUCCGUCAUCAACUGUGGUGACCCUGGAGUUCCAGCGAACGGAGUGAGGUUGGGGAAUGAUUUUACCUACAAUCAUACCGUUAGUUUCCAGUGUUCUCCCGGUUUCACCAUGGAUGCUCACCGCGCCUCCACCCUCAUCUGCACCAAGGCUCGCACCUGGAACGGCACCAAGCCUUUGUGCAAAGCAAUUGUCUGCGGUCCUCCGCCAAUCAUUCCUAACGGUCAGGUCGUUGGUACAGACUUUAACUGGGGCUCCAGCAUCAGCUACUCCUGUAACCAAGGUUACCAGCUGUCAUUGCCCACCGUGUUAACUUGCCAGGGCAGUGGCAAUUGGAGUGGAGAGAAACCGCAGUGCUUCCCUGUGUUCUGUGGAGACCCAGGCUUGCCUGCCCAAGGGAGGAGGGAAGACCGAGGUUUUACCUACCUUUCCUCGGUCUCCUUUUCAUGCUUCCCCCCUCUUAUCCUGGUGGGCUCUACCAGGAGGUAUUGCCAAUAUGAUGGCACCUGGAGCGGAACGCAGCCCUCUUGUAUAGAUCCCACUCACACCACCUGCACGGAGCCAGGUACCCCCCUCUUCGGGAAUCAGAACAACAGUCAAGGCUACCAGAUCAGCAGCACGGUGUUCUUCAGCUGCAGAAAAGGUUACCUACUGCAGGGAUCCAUUUCUCGCACAUGUCUGCCCAACCUCACUUGGAGUGGAUUUCAGCCGGAGUGCAUCGCUCACCACUGCAGCCAGCCGGAGCUGCCAGCCCAAUCGGACGUGCGGGCCAUUGAACUGCCAUCCCUUGGCUACACACUGAUCUAUACGUGCCAGCCCGGAUUUUACUUGGCCGGAGGAUCAGAGCACAGGACCUGCAAGUCCGAUGGGAGCUGGACUGGAAAGCCGCCUCUCUGUGCAGCUGAUAACCGUCCGAGUGGUAAGAGCCCCGUCGGAACGGUGCAGGAGCCUCCUUCCAAAUUACCUGUACCUGCUGGCGUAUUUGCAAAGAAUUCACUCUGGAGGGGAUCCUAUGAGUAUUUGGGGAAGAAGCAGCCAGCUAUGCUCAGCAUCACUGCCUUUGAGUCUUUUAGCAACCGGGUGAAUGGAACACUACUUGACCACAGCGGCGUGGAGCUCAAACUCGCUGGUACAUAUAGAAGAGAUGAAGCCCAGCUGCUGCUUCAGGUUCACCAGAUCCGAGGCCCUGUGGAGAUAUUUGUCAACAAGUUCAAAAUCGACAACUGGGCUCUCGAUGGACACGUGUCCUACAUCUCUUCAGCCAACUCCUUUGUGUACCAAGGAUUUGUCCGUGGUAAAGGCUUUGGGCAGUUUGGUCUGCAGAGAUUGGAGAGUUUGGAUCCCAGCAGAGACAACACAGCCUACAACUUUGCCUCCAACAGUAGUUCAGUGGCAGCAGCCAUCCUAGUGCCUUUUAUCGCCAUGAUCAUCGCCGGCUUUGCCCUGUACCUCUACAAACACAGAAGAAGACCCAACGUCCCUUUCAAUGGCUACGUGGGCCACGAGAACACCAACGGACGGGCCACCUUCGAGAACCCCAUGUACGAUCGCAACAUUCAGCCGACCGACAUCAUGGCCAACGAGAGCGAGUUCACAGUCAGCACAGUGUGCACCGCCGUAUAGCGACAACUUCACCUCAAGUCAAGGGAGGAAAGGUGUGCCCCAUCUUCGAGGACACCCCCCCCACCCCCGCUCCCUUUACUUCCUUGAGCAAGAGGGCAAGACAAAAUUAAUCGUCUCCACUGAAAAGCAGUCAGGAAACAACCCAGUCGGAAAAUACGCUCCUAUAAAAGAAACAACGCAGCAACCUUCAACAACAAAAUGCUUCUUUUUUUUUUUUUUUUUUGUGUGUGUGACCGGCUAACUUCUUACCACAUCUUGAGGAAAUGUUUUGCGCCAGGAAAAGUGCAUUCCAAGAGAAAGUAACGCAGGAAGCAAAUCUGUGACCUCUCUCCUCGCUGCCAAAACCCCAGAGGGAAUUUUGUGCUCGAGACUUGAACUCGCCGCGACCGGAGCUAACAAACAAGUCAACCUUACGGCACACAAGACAUUAGUCAUGAUUUGCUGUGCUUUCCAUGAGUUUGUUUGUGUUUGCGUCCAGCCUUUGCGGCGCUUGAGUUCUGUGAUGCGGAACUCUUAUUUCGUCCCCCAACCAACUGUUCCGGAGACGGUUCAAAGGUUUCCUCCCCAAAUCUGCACCACCGGAGGAUGGAUUUGAAAUGCGGUGACGGUCCUGUUGGAGACAAACUUUGGGCUCCUAUGGGUUUUUUUUUUUUUUUCGGAUCGUUAAUGUCUCUUGCGUUGAAUUCACCAUGCUGGGCAGCGGUGUCCAGCGGAGGGCUUUGAGGGUACAAAGGGUUGCGGGGGG